UUUUGUUUGUGUAUAUUGUAAAUAAAACUAUUUCCCUGCUCGCUGAAUAAAUUUACUAAUCUAUCCUUUUAUGUGUGUGUAAUGAAAAGAGGUGCUACAAUGGAUAUGGAUACUGAUCUAACAUAUGAAACUGCUGUCAAGAAAGCACAAUUGGUGGAGAGGAACCCACAGUUCCAGGUAGAUCCUAUGCGAGUUUCCAAGCAUGAGGCAGAGGAUAUAAUUCAUUUGGCACAGGAAAUUCAAUCGGCCGAUAAGAUGCUAAGAAAUAACACAAAUCAGAAACUGGUUGUCAUUUUGGAUCAGAUUCGAAUGCUGCAAGCCCAGGCUAUGGAAAUAAUGAAAGAGUCUAAUGAGAGUCGGGAACUACAUAGUGCGGCCUGUAAUUUUACUAAAAAGCCUGGCCAUAUCUAUCAUCUUUAUCAAAGGUCAACAGGUCAAAGCUAUUUUAGCAUGCUGUCGCCAGAAGAGUGGAAUCAAACAGUAGAUCAGACAUUCAAAGGCAGCUAUAGAUUGGAAUAUGAUUUAAGCUGGACACCUGUGGAUAAAAUUAAGCAGCAAGAUGAGAAGCUCAAGUGGGUGGAGAAAUGCUUAACUAAGGGAAAUGAGUCAAUACAAGCAGCUAUUGAUUUUAAUAUGACAGACACAUAAAUUAUUAACGACUUAAAUUUAAUUGUAUUCAAUUUGAAAAUGUAUUUGUGUUUCGAUACUUUCGCGCAUAAAGUACUCAAGUUAACAGUGCCGU